AUAAAUUGGGACGGACGGAGGGAGUGAUACACACAAAAUUAAUAACACAAGGAAUGAAAAGUUACAAAGUUUGAUAAUAGGAGUAAUACUUUUUAGAAUGCUUUUCUUGGUUUAGUGGACAAUGAUUGGCUUUUAUUUGGUGGUUUGGAAUCUGAGGUACUUGCUUACAGGCUAAGCAAGCAAUAAUAGUGAAUAGAAAGGAAGAUGAGCUGGUGCUUCUUUUUCUGUUUCUUUUUGUUUUUUUUUCCCAUGCUUUUGCUUGUUAUGUUGAGGGAGUUUGUUGCUAGAAUGUUAUAUUCUAUACGUAAUUGUUUUGCUAGCUACUGUAUCAAAUGCUUUGCUUCUAGCCAUGUAUAAUAUAUGUUGUUUAAAGAUCGAAAUUGAGUCAUGUUUUAGAAGUAUGCCUUUGUGUUCUGUUUUGGGGGUUUUUGGAGAAUAUCUUCGAGCCGUCAUUAGUACGAUGAUGGAAAAGUUGAAGGAGAUAUGGAGUACACUUUUUAAUAGCAGAAGUUGUCUUGGGUGCUGUAUAAAGCCUCCACAUGUUAUUUCAGUGGAUAGGCCAUCCAAAGGACAGAAAGUUCAGGGUAAACACUUGAGGAAACGUAGUUCAAGGGACGACUUCUGGAGCAGUAGUGCUUGUGAGAUGGAGAAUAGCGCAUUUCCGUCACAGAGAAGCAUCUCGUCAAUUAGUACUUCAAAUCAGGGCCUUGAUCCCCAUAGUAGCUCCAGCACCACAAAUAACAACUCUGAAUUUGUAAAUCAUGGUCUAAUUCUUUGGAGUAAAACUAGGCAAGAAUGGAUUGGAAGUAGAACACCUGAGAAGCGUACUGCAGCUGGAGAACCUAAAUUAAGCUUCGAUGCGAGUUACGAGACUUUGCUAGGGACCAACAAGCCUUUCCCUCAGUCAAUUCCUCUAUCAGAAAUGGUAGACUUUCUUGUUGAUGUCUGGGAACAGGAGGGGCUAUAUGAUUGAGCUGCACACAUAACUGGUCUUAACUCUUACCCAACCAUUGCAUUUCUGUUUGUAAAGUUUACAGAAAGCAGGGCAGAAAAUAUUAAAACAGUUAUGUUUAAUCACAAGAUUUGUAUGUUUACAGAGGAAAAUUGAAAUACCUGAAAGCUUUUCAAAUGGAGGAGAGGACCCUUCUUUAAUUUGCUAAUAAACGAAUUUAUUUUCAAGAAACGUAAUAUUCAAGCAUUCAAAUGAGCUGCCUUUCUAGAUAAA